GAGAACAGCCUAGCCUAACCUGGCUGACCGCUACGUUCACCGACGAAAACACUUGCAGAUCAACGCGACACAAUCGUUGUUCAACUAACAAUAAUAACUUACUCUAGUGAGCGAGUGACGUGCAACGCAAAUAAACAAUGUUCGACUUCGUCAAAAAGGACGACAAAGUCCUGGUGCUGUUGAAUAACAAAGUGAGCACAACCGACUUUCCCCCGUCUCUGUUGGAGGUUAACAAUUGUGAAGCUAAGGUGAUCAAGUCAGCUGACUCGAAGACACUUGCGAACGACUCGUCCUUCAAUUGGGUCCUGGCAUUCGAUGCUCACGAGCAGAAAGACCUCGUUGAUCUCCUCAAAUUCGUCGCCCCAGGGGGAUCUAUUGUUCUACAUAAAUUAAUUGACAAUUCCAAGGCCAAUGAGGCGGACAAACUCUUCUCCGAGGACAUCUCAGCCCUGAGGGUCAGUGGUUUUAGGUUCAAAGAGUGCAGAGUCAGUCCUCUGACGUCAACGUGGAGGAUCCAAGGUCUUCUCAGUGAUGAGUACCAGGAUGACCUGGGCGUUUGCCAGAUUUUUGGGGAAAAACCUUCGUAUGAGAUUGGAUCUUCAGUGGCUUUGUCCUUUGCAAAGAAACCACAGAACGUUUGGAAGCUCGAUGAUGCUGUUGAGGAUGACCUGAUCGAUGAGGACGAUUUAUUGGAUGAAGAGGACUUGAAAAAACCUGCGGAAUCAUCACUCAGGGUCUGUGGAACAACUGGCAAACGUAAAGCCUGCAAAGACUGCUCCUGUGGUCUAGCUGAAGAAUUGAAUGGAGAAGCUGCAAAGGAGAAAACCGAAAAAUCGUCUUGUGGAAAUUGCUACCUCGGAGAUGCAUUCCGCUGUGCAAGCUGUCCUUACAUCGGAAUGCCAGCCUUCAAACCAGGUGAAAAGGUCGUCCUCCCCUCGUCACAAUUGGCUGCUGAUAAAUAAUCGAAUUGUCUAACAGUUCCUGAACCACAUUCGUUUGUUAUUCAGAGGUGAAAAUAAUCUUUGGGCACAAAACAAUUCAUGUUGAAACAUAAGAGAGGAUCAUUUGUCUGUUUAUAAUAAAUUAUCUGCGAAAAGUUUAA